GUGGCUCCGCUUCAGGCUGUGCUGUCUGACUCCGCCUUCGGCAAGAUGGCGGCGCCCAGGUUGAGUACGCCUGGUCUCCGGGUCCUCAGUAGCAAGUUGCGUCCCGGGAGACUCUUCACUCCCGGAUCCAAGCCGUUUUGUUCCAGCGCUACUACCUCUAGGCCUCUGAAUGCUCAGAGAUUGGCGGAGAAGCUCCGAGCCCAGAAAAAAGAGCAAAAGACGAAGAAAAUGCCGGUCCCUACAAACCCUGUUCAGCGGAGGGUGCAGGAACUAGUGCGAUUCACCCAGCAACUACAGAGAGUUCACCCCAAUGUGCUUGCUAAGGAACUGAGCCGAGGGAUUCUCCACCAGGACAAGGACCUUGUGGUCAUUAAUAAACCGUAUGGUCUCCCUGUCCACGGUGGCCCUGGAGUCCAGCUCUGCAUCAGUGAUGUACUACCCACCCUGGCAAAGAUGCUUCGUGGCCACAAGGCAGAGCCUUUGCAUCUGUGCCACCGUCUGGACAAAGAAACCACAGGUGUAAUGGUGUUGGCUUGGGAGAAGGAUAUGGCACAUCAAGUCCAGGAACUGUUUAGAACUCGCCAGGUGGAAAAGAAGUACUGGGCCAUCACUGUUCGUGUCCCCUUGCCCUCGGCAGGAGUGGUUGAUAUCCCCAUCGUCGAGAAGGAAGUGCAAGGUCAGCAGCAACACCACAAGAUGACGCUGUCCCCGAGUUACCGUAUGGACAAUGGGAAAAUGGUAAAGGUUCGGGCCAGCCGGAAUGCCCAUGUUGCUGUAACUCAGUACCAGGUGCUUAGCAGCACUCCCUCUUCUGCCCUCGUGGAGCUACAGCCUGUUACUGGAAUAAAACAUCAGCUUCGAGUUCACCUAUCUUUUGGUUUGGAUUGCCCAAUCCUUGGUGAUCACAAGUACUCAGACUGGAAUAGGUUGGCCCCUCAGAAACUUCCUGCUGGCACACUGAAGAAGCUGGGACUACAUCAGACAAAGGCCCGCUAUAUCCCCCUCCACCUGCAUGCCAGGCAGCUCAUCCUGCCUGCUCUGGGCUCCAGGACAGAGGAACUCCUCCUGGCCUGCAAGCUUCCUCACUUCUUUGCACAUUCCCUACAUCGUCUGGGUUUGGAGAUGCCAAAUCAGGAUCAAAGCAAAGGCAGUGAGGCCAGGCGUGUAGAAGCACAGUGAAGGCUGCUGGGCAGGUUGGCCCUAGAGCUCUGCUGUAUGUCAUGGAUUCUGCUGCCUUCUCACUUGGAAGAGACUACAGAAGAGCCAGGUGGGAUAAGUUGAAGAAACUUGACCACUUCAGGACUUUUAAUGAAGAAUGAAGUUGUAUUUACUGUCAGUCUGACUGUAGUGUGGAAAAGCCUGCUGGAAGUCUCUCCUUGAGAGGUCUCUUUACCAAGAUGGAAGAGGACCUAGGACCAGACAGAUUGGACCAGUAAAGGAGAGUCAAAGGAUGGAAUGUGUGGCCAGGAACUGUCUUCAUCCAACCAGAAGAAAAGCUUCUGAGCUAUCAGGACGGCUCCCUUGGGAAGAGUGUGUUGGAUAAACAUAUAUCAUGGGACCCAGGGAUUUUUGUCAACUAGAACAUGGGUGCCAUACUGCCUUAGCAGCAAACCUAUGAAAGAGUUGGUUAGGUGAGGUAAAUGAUGGGCAGAUGACCUGAGUAAGUGAGGCUGGUAGGGUGGAAGGCAGUAGCUGGGACAACAGACUACGCACACAAACUAAUGGUUAUUGGCUCCAGCUGGUUGUUGCCCUGUGGGCAAAUUUUCUGUUUUCUCUUAGAGAACCAGGAAAUCCAGAUUAUUUCUGUGAAAUCUCCCAACCUGUUGCUAACUAAAUAAAAACAUUCUAAAUUUUUAUUUUAA